UUUUCAUACAGUGCUGACUAUUUCUUUUAAGAUUUAAAGCCCUUUUGUCAUGCAGAUAACAAUAUAUCCUCUGUCAAGCUAGAAAUGAGAACUUCCUUUGCUCAUAUGCAAUGAAGGGCUUGAUGUUACAAUAUCUUCUUGGUCCCUCAGUCAUCUGUCCCUAUAAUCUCGUGCAAGUGUGUGCAGUUCAUUUUGCUGUGCCCUCCACUUGAAGGACAGAUUGGACACGUGGACUGGUUAGUGGAGAGGCAAACACAGCAGCCCUGAGCUAAGCUCUCCAUUUGAUGAGAAGAAAAAGAACCUGCUUAAAGCUGCUGCUACUGAAUUAAACCAACUUGAAAUUGGGUUCUGUGAAAUGAGCCUAACACAGGACUCCUCUUGGGAAUGGCAGCUCGUCAUUUUUUGCAAUUUGUUGAAAUAGUUUGAGUUGGGGUAAUUAAUGCUCAUGGUACUCAGAGCUGAGAGUAAAUCUAACCUUAAUUCAAAGGUGAGGCAGUUUUUGAUUGGGGCAGUAUUGGAAGUCCAGCUCUAGCUUCACUAAUAGGAGAGAAGAUCCUGGAUUCCUUGCUAAGGUUGUUCUUGAUGGAUUUUCUGGUUAAUAGAUGAAUAAAGUGAAAACUUUCUCUCUGUUCCAGUGUUCUUUUAUUGUCCUGUCCCUCCAGCUUUGUCAGGACUGGGGGAGGUGUUGUCUGAUACACCUCGGUUCCUAUGGCCACGGUUCCUAUGGCUUUUUCACCUGCUUUUGUCUCCCAUCCAUCACUGUGUCCUGAGAAUAAGCAGUGCUCAUUUCUUCAGCUCUUGGAAACCUUCCUGGCAAAAACCCAACGCAGUUGAGGGCAUUUGAUGGUUUAGGUCAGUGUUGGUGAGGAUUUGAGCCACACAGUGUAACAUGGCAUCUGCCAUAAAGAUCACCUUCUCCUUGGUUUUGAGUAGGUGUUGGGAUCAAACGGCCUCUAGAAGCCACUUCUAGUCUAAAGAUGGAAUCAUUAAAUGUGAAUGAUACCAGAGGUGUACGUCUUCAUUUCUGGGAGUAGGUUUAAUUCAGUGGAGCAGAAAAUGUAGACCUUUCUCACAUUGUUUCCUUUUUUUUCCCCCUAGAGCUGGGGAGGGGCAGCCAACAAAGAAACUGGUGACUAGACAUGUGCUUGGCUGGGUGGAUCUUAACUAGCAAAACUAAGCUAUGGAGAACUUGGUAACUGGCUCCAAUCUUCCUCCACUUUUUACUGAUGAGGAUGGACCUAAGGAAGGUAGUGAAAUUAAUGUAACUGGAUUAGCUAAUUCGGAGAGUUCAUUCAGUGGUGGAACUUCACAGCCUGUGAAUAACCCAGAUUUGGUGGAAGACUUGUCACAGGCUCAGCAGCAGCAAAAUGAGUCUUCUAAUGCUGCUGAAACCACUGAGCAGAAGCCUGAGGAGGAGCAGCAAAGAACCAAGCGAGGAGGUUGGGCCAAAGGCAGAAAGAGGAAGAAACCACUGCGGGACAGCAAUGCCCCCAAAUCGCCCCUCACGGGCUACGUGCGGUUCAUGAACGAGCGCAGGGAGCAGCUGCGGGCCAAGAGGCCCGAAGUGCCUUUCCCAGAGAUCACCAGGAUGCUGGGCAACGAGUGGAGCAAGCUGCCCCCUGAGGAGAAAAGGCGAUACCUGGAUGAAGCAGACAGAGAUAAGGAGCGUUACAUGAGGGAGCUGGAGCAGUAUCAGAAGACUGAAGCCUACAAAGUCUUUAGCAGGAAGGCACAGGACAGACAAAAAGGCAAAUCACACAGACAAGAUGGAGCAAGACAGCCAGCUCAUGAUCACGAGAAAGAAGCAGAUACAAAGGAGAGAUCUGUCUUUGAUAUUCCAAUCUUCACAGAAGAGUUCCUGAAUCAUAGUAAAGCACGCGAGGCGGAGCUGCGGCAGCUGCGCAAAUCCAACAUGGAGUUUGAGGAGAGGAACGCCGCGCUGCAGAAGCACGUGGAGAGCAUGCGCACGGCCGUGGAGAAACUGGAGGUGGACGUGAUCCAGGAGCGCAGCCGCAACACCGUGCUGCAGCAGCACCUGGACACCCUGCGGCAGGCGCUCACCAGCAGCUUCGCCGCCGUCCCGCUGCCAGGCAGUGGGGAAACCCCCACGAUGGAAACCAUUGAUUCCUACAUGAACAGACUGCACAGUAUUAUCCUGGCCAACCCACAGGAGAACGAGAACCUCAUCGCCACGGUGCGGGACGUGGUGAACAGGCUGGAGCGUUAGUGAUGGGGUCUCGUGACCCGGGGAAGCUUUACAAAAUUUUUUUGGCCAGUGUGGAAUAAGAAGCCAUGAGGGAAAGCCUGGGGUGGGAGGCAGGAUGGCAGGUUUGUCCUGGGCCCUGCCUGUGUGUUCUGUCAGGGAGACAAACAGAUCAAUGCAUUAAGAGAUCUUAAGAAGCCACGGACACCGCCCACUAAACAAUUGGAACUGUCCUCUGUGUGAACAUUUAAGAGCAUGCAACUUUUGUGCAAUCGACAUUUUUAAAAUGGAUUUUGCUGGGUGUGAGGGUGCCUGCGUUCUGUGGACUGGCUGACUGUGGAGAUGAAAUCUCACCUCGUGAAAUGGAGUCAGCGUAUAUGUUGUAGUAAUAACUUUGAUGUGUUCUAUUGCCUAAUGUCUUCUAGUGUCUUUUAUUUUGUUUUCAUGUUUAUCCUGUGAGCUUACCUUCCUUCACUUGAGUUCUUUUCUUUUGAUCUUGUUCCCUGAUUCUUGCAGUACUGGAUAGCAGCGCUUGUGUUCUCUGCUCUAGCAGGGAGUUUUCCUUGGUGCACUGUCUUGUCCUGUGCCUCCUGCUAUGUUUAUAGGAGCUUUUCUUAAGCAGAAUCCUGGGGUUUUUUUGUGUUUAGCCUGAAGUUCCUACAAUGUGAGUUUGCUCCCUGCUAGAGACUGGCUGUGGUUGAUGCUUUGUGACUUGAUUCUACUAUGAGACAGACUUCCUCUCUCCCCUCUCUUCAGGCACCUCUCUUGCACAUUGCAUCCUGCUCUUCUCUGGAGGUCUCCUGUUAUCUCUUGGAAACAUUUGCUAGAGCAUUUUGCUAUCACUAAGAUCAGUGGAAAUCAAGAUAGAAAGUGAAACAUUAUUCUCCUCAGAGAAAAUGGGAUUCUUUGGUUUAGACUAAACCCACAGAGCUUUCCCUUCCUCUGAUACAUUGUUCAGUCUAAUUUAAUGUUAUUGCCUUGUUUUUGGGAGAAUGAUCUCAUGGGGAAAGCAGUUUUCUAUAAAAAGAGAAACGGGCACGGGGAUUGCAUUUUUUCCUCUCCCUGCCCUCCUGAAAUUGCUGUGCUGGGAAGCAAUGUGUCUGGAAGCAGCACAUACAUUUUUGCAUGAAUUAUUAGAGCAGAGAAGGUUAUUAGUAACUAGAUCCACGUAGCAGCCCACAGAACUCAGCAUUACAGCUUGUUUCUGCUCUCACCUUUUGUUCAGUUCAAGUACUGCCCAUGGAGCCCAUAGCAUUCAACAUUUUAUGUUCCAGCCGACCUAAAUGGCCUUUCACUUGCAUUGAAUAGAGCUCUGCAUGUUUGAGUCAGAUGUUGCUGAGCCACACCACACCUCCUGGCAGAGCUGAGGCACCCAAUGUCUGUGCUGGCUUAUGCAAAACUUUCACUGCCCUUUGGUUCCUGUCAAAUUGUUGAUUCUGACUUUGGCUCAGCACUUGUUGGACAUCUCUGGGCUUUAUGGGGGUGGGAGCUCUUGCUCUCACAUGACAAUCUUUUUGCUCCUGCUUAAGACAUCUGUUAAGAUUCCCUGUUAGGAAUUGGAGGUUGCUUUCAUUACUGGAGUGUGUUGCUGUCAGCAUCACUUUAAUGUACCCAGGAGACAAAUAUUUUGUAGAUUAAAAAGCAGUUUUUUCUUUUCCUGUAUUGUACACAUGGACUUCAUGCUGGCCUGGAGCCAUCUUCAGGUCAGCACCUUGUAUGCCAGGUCUCAGCUUAGUCCUGGGGUUAUUGCUGUAGCCAAGUAGCAAGGAUUUCCAUGGAAAUCAAGUCUUCCUUCAGGGAGGAAACUCCUUUCUCUUGUUACCUGUUUUGCUUUCAAGACUUCACAAAAAGGAACCUCAGUUUGCUGCAUUGACUUCCACUCUCCUUAGCAUGGAUGAGACCAGCUGAUGCUGCCAUGAACUUUUUUAGUGGGUUCUGUAAUGAAUGUUGGAAAUCCUAGGGGUCGUUAAUGCCUCCAAAAGAAGCACCUACACCUUCAUCUCCUGUUUGUAUCUUGGUUUUUCAGAACUGGUGAUGUUUGACUCUCUGUUGAAGUGGCCAAAAUGCACUGCAUAGCCAAAACUGAUUUACAGAUCCUGAAGGUCUGUCUGUGGCAUCCUAUCUAAUAGCUGGAGCUGUAAAGACUCCAGAAAUUCCAUGUAAUGUGGGAUGCAGUUGCAGGCUGUAACAUCUCCAAUCCAUCAGUAAGGUCAGAUGGCUUUGGGCUGCCCUGCUUACAGAAAUCUGCUCGUGGAUACUGCUCAUCCAUCUCUGCUGAGAAGCAUGCAAGUGUUGUGGGAUAGGAAAUUUAAGGUGAUAUUAUUAGCUGGGGGCUGACAAAUCUCUUGCAUUUUCCCACAAGGAAGGAGGUGGGGUGGAUUAUCUAUCUUGAAGCAUCUGGGGGAAAACUGAGUUCUUGCUCACUGAUGGUGUGACAGAUGAUGUUUUGUCUCAUUAAGAAGCUUCUUAUUUAUGUUGAUUAACCCUAUAAAAAUGGAUUUUGUCUUUCCAGUGUUUUCAGAGUGUCACUUCAGUUUACAGUUUUCAGUGUUGACUGAUUAAAAAAAAAUGAAGUGGGUGUCAAGGAGAAGAGUGGAAUAAAAUGCUUUUGUCACUUAAAGAAAUGUUAAGAGAAAUAUAUGAAAGCAGAAUCCAUUUGCUGGAUUAACGUGUUUGGAAUUGUUUAAAUGCCAAGUUUUCUGUACAAUGUUUUUGUAAUUAAACUUUGGAGCUCCUUGGUUUUUAAGAGGUUGAUGUGCUUGUUUGACACUGCUUCAUUAAAAUUGUUCAACGGUGAA